ACUGUUCUUUUAUUCUUCAGACUGAAUUUGGUUAAUAAAAUUAAUCUGGUUUUGUUCAUUCUGCUUGUUGUUUAGUUUUUUUAUUCAAUUGUAUCGCUGUGUUUUGAUUUAUUUGGACCAUCAACUUGAUCGAUUUGAUUGUUAAAUUGUCCCUCAACAAGUGAUCAUCUUAUAAUUUGAGAUAAAUUUUAAAUGUCUUCUUAAGGCUCUCUUCUCAGUGCAAUCAUUUUUUUUUGUUUUAGGACCUUACCAUAAAGAAAAGAAAACGAAUAACAAAACAAUUUAUAAAAGACCAAAAUGGAGAAAGAAUUGAAUCGAAAAGACGAAUCCUUGAAAGAAUCAUCAAUCCGAGAUGUUGAAAUUAUGAUGGCCAACACUAAUCAAAAUUUACGGGACAUUCUCAAGAAAAAGAUGAGAACUUUAAAGGAUGAAUUGGAAGCUGCAAAUGAAUUGAACGAGACCACAUUGAUAAAAUACAAAGAAGAGGUUAGAAAACGGGAAGAAGCUGAAUUGGAAACUGCCUCUCUCAGUCGUCGAGUUCAAUUGUUGGAGCAAAAUUUGGAACGAGCUGAGGAUCGAAUUAGAGAAGUUACAACUAAAUUGGAAGAGACAACUCAAGCUGCUGAUGAAAGUGAACGGAUUAGAAAAGCUUUGGAGAAUCGAACGAACAUGGAAGAUGAUAGGAUUACACUUUUAGAAACUCAGCUUAGCCAAGCUCGUAUUAUUGCCGAGGAAUCGGAUAAGAAAUACGAAGAAAUGGCACGUCGUAUUGCUAUGUUGGAGGUAGAUUUGGAACGUGCAGAGGAACGUGCUUCAGCAGGUGAACGUCGAGUUAUUGAUUUGGAAGAAGAACUUCGUUCCAUAGGCAAUAACCUGAAGUCUCUUGAAAUUAGUGAGGAGAAAGCUGUGAAAAGAGAAGAAAAGUACGAAAAUCAGAUUGAAGUAUUGAAGAAUAAAUUAAAAGAAGCUGAAUCAAGAGCUGAGUUUGCUGAGCGAACAGUUGCUAAACUUCAGAAGGAAGUAGAUCUAUUGGAACAAGAUUUAUCUCAAGAAAGAGAAAAAAAUCAUCACCUACAAGAAGAAGUAGAGACGACUUUGAAGGACUUACAAUCAAUGUGACGUUGUUGAAUCUGCUAAUCAACCACAUCCACCGAUCGCUAGAAACACACUUACAACCUAGGAAGCACAUUUAAUUUUUUCUUGUUCAAGUCUCACACUUUUUAUCAUCUGUCUCUUUGUCUCUCUUCGUUUAUUUCCGCUGAAGCGGUUCUCUUUCAUUUAUCCUCUCUCUCUUUAUUAUCUUUUCGCAUACACUAGCCUUAUCGCUCUUGUCCUGUCCAUGAUUUGACUGAUACUAAUCAAUUCACAGGUCAGAGCUUUCCUAUCAUGACGCUUAAUUUACUGAUGAUCCAUGGGGAUUGAUUUGUUAUUCGCCUUCGUCCAUGUUGCUCUCUUCUCUCUCUUCCACUUUCACCACUUCAUUGCAUUCGCUCGCAGAUAUAUUCCAAAUGAAGCUUAAAGGAUUUCCUCUAAAGAAUUGUUUUUCAUUACUUCAAUUAAAUGCAGAAUCAUUCCUGUGACGAGUAAAUUUUUUGUUGGCUCAAUCGUUAUUCAAUAUCACACAAUGAUAUUCAGACAACAGCUACUAUAAUAAAACCAGCAUCAACAUUCAAUAAAACUAAAGUGGAUAUUUCCAAUCAUUCCUUGAAGUCUAAAAGAAAAAGUGACUAAUUCCAUCUUCAUUCGUUGAUUGUUUCUUUUACAUUCUUUUUCCAUUAUCGUCUCUCAUCGUUUCACCAUGAAAAGAAGAUUGAUUUUAUACAACAAUUUCAAGUGGAAAGACAAUAAUCCCAAUGAAUCGGAAGACCAAUCAUGAAAACUAGACAUUCACAUUCCAAGAGUUUAUAUUCCGUCUGCCAACACCUCUCUUCCAUCUAGUUAAAGGACCAUAUUUUUCUUCGUGAAACGGAAAAAUCUAUGAGGAGAUUAUUACACAAGAAAAGUAUUGUUUAUUUUACCACCAAGCGGUUAUUGCUGAGAAAGAAAAAUUAUUUAUAGCAUACAUAAGCAUUGAAAUAUUUUACUGAUACAAUAAUAAAUGGUGGUCACCUUUGGAUGAUGUCAGCCUCCUUGACCAAAUAAAGAAAAGUUCUAGCCCUAAACAAAAAAUUGUCACAAACAGAGCAUCGCCAAAAGGAUGACUGAAGAAAAUUUAUUGCUAUUUAGAGAAUCAACUUUACCAAAUGUGCGUUAAAUCGCAUUUUGAUCUACUUUUCGCCAUUAGAACUCAUAGCAUUCUCUUAGAGACAAGGAUGUAAACAUUUCUUCUGACCUGACACCAAGAAUCAAUCAAGUUUAACAUUAAUAGUUUCAAGUUUUUAUUCUGCUCUCUAACUCUACCCAAUCUCUCUCUUUUUUUCAGCCCCUUCUGUCUUUUCCUUAUUUUCCAGCAAAAUUGAAUGUUUAUUUAAAAGAGUUGAGGAAAAAAACUAAUACCUUGCAUCUUAUAUUAUUAUUGAUGUAAAAUUGUAUGCAAACUAAAAAAUUGUAUCAUCAACCAAAUUUCUUCAUUCUUGGAUCAGGUUGAAGACCACUGAUUAAAACAAAACCCAAAUAAUUAA